AUGGACCUCGACGAUGCGGCCCAAGAAGAUGGACUGACCGUCGAUGAGCUUGUCGCCUCAUCCUCCUUGCCAUCAUCAUCGGCGAACACCGCGGCGCUAUUGGAGACCUUUGAGAAUCGCAAGCUCUCGCGCUCUUUGGCGGUCCCCACAAAUGACUCAGAUGUGCGGCUCCGCCUGCGACACCUUGGCGAGCCUACCACAUGUUUCGCAGAGGCAAAGGUGGACCGCAGAGAGAGACUACGCGAAGCACUGGUCAAGGAAAGACAGAAAAGACUCGAGCUUCGCCUGGCCAAGGGUGAAGAGGACGAUGAAGGUCAGGAAGAAGAUGUCAGGAGCGAAAGCGAGGAAGAAGGAGAGCAGGAAGAAGAAUUCUUCACGGAGGGCACAGCAGACCUGUUAGCGGCUCGGAGGGACAUAGCCUGGUAUAGCUUGGCAAGAGCAAAGGCCAGGAUAGGGAUUCAGAGACACGAGGCAAAGGCAUCUCUGUCUACCAUAGUUGGCUCGCGACGGGCAGUCUUCGACCCUCUACGACGUUUCACGUCUUUGGGCUCUCAGCCAGCGGACGAGCGUCCAAUAUCGGUAGUGCGCUUCUCUCCUGAUGGCCAACAACUGGCAACUGGUUCUUGGUCUGGCGCACUCAAGCUGUGGAACGUUCCCAGCGCCUCUCACCGCAAAGAUUUCAGGGGCCACACGGACAAGUUGGGGGGCGUAGCUUGGCAUCCUCGGUCUACUCUUGGUCAAUCAUCUUCAGCGGUGAACCUUGUGUCAGGAGCAGCAGACAACAAAGUCUGUCUCUGGAGCCUAGAGAAGGAUACACCGCUACACAUUCUGGAAGGACAUGCUGCCAGGGUCGCUCGGGUCGCUUUCCAUCCCAGCGGCAACUACGUAGCGAGUGCAUCAUUCGAUGGAACCUGGAGAUUGUGGGAUCUUGAAAAGCACAAGGAGCUCCUACUGCAAGAGGGUCACGCGAAAGAAGUCUAUGCGGUCGAGUUUCAAGGUGACGGAGCGCUGUGUGCCAGCGGCGGCCUCGAUGCGAUCGGACGCCUGUGGGACCUCCGCACCGGGCGCACUUCGAUGGUCCUUGACGGACAUGCUAAGGAGAUACUUUCCAUCGACUUUCAUCCGAACGGCUAUCAGGUCGCAACCGCUUCGGGGGAUGAUACAGUCCGCAUCUGGGACUUGCGAACUCUCUCUUCUAUCUACACUAUUCCAGCCCACCAGUCAUCCGUGGCAGACGUCCGCUUCUUCAAGGGCCGGGACAGAUUGAAGCUUUCUACUUCCGGCAUGUAUCUUGCUACGGCUGGCUAUGAUGGCUUGUUGAAGAUUUGGAGCGCCGACGACUGGCAGCUGCUGAGGAGCUUGAGCGGUGAUAAUGGCAAGGUGAUGAGCUGUGAUGUCCACCCAGAUGGCCAGUUUCUUGCUAGUGGAGACUGGGGAAGAACAUUCAAGCUCUGGGGGGCCCUGUGA